UGGGACGAUUUAUGAUCUGUUGUCGAUGCCGAAGAACCGAGAGACCGAGAGAGCCCGAAAGGAAGGCGAAAUAGGCAUCGUUCGGAGUUAUUCAGUGCUAAUUUCGCGGUGUUUCGUUCAAGGAGCGAAUAAAUUUUUUGCGCUCGCAUAAAAAGAAAACCGAAAUAGUGAGGAAAAAAAAAAACACCCAGGAAUAUUGAAUGGUGUGGCAAUUGAACAACGGCAACGCUAUUCUUUGUAAAUUUGCCAAGUUACGUACAAUGUGAGAGAGAAAGUGACAAGUUUAGUGUUUUUUUUUACUCUUCCUUUUUUUUUUCUUUUUGGUGCAUCGUAAAACAAAAAAUCGCUGGCGAAUAGAGGAAAAUUAAGAAGUAGAAAAAACAGCCAGAGGUGUCUGCAAUUUUUGUUAGACACCCUGGCCGGGGGGUGGGUGGGGAGGGGUCAGUGUAUGUUGUGGUGCGGUGUGCGUGUUACGUUUUCGGAGCGGUGUAUCGUCCAGGAAGCGUCUCGUUCUAGUUUGGCCCCCUCGACAUCCUAAAGGCGUCAUUUUUAAUAUUUUAUAUACUAAUUUUCAACUAGUGAAAUAUUCAAAGGAAUUUUUAUUGUUUUAUGUAUUGAAAGAAGAUUAAAAAAAAAAAAAUGGUACUUUUGUGAUGAGUCGGUAAAGGCCCCUCUCUCUCUCUCUCUCAAUUAGAGACACAAGUGUGUGCGAGGCGCGACGACCGACGACGACGGGCAAGAGCGGCGGAAAAAUGGCGUCCGAUAACGAAGCCUCCUGCGUGAGUGACCCAAAUUUCGCUGUGAUUUGCUCAUUUCUUGAAUGUUUUGGCAAAAAAUGUGGCAUUGAAUAUCCUGAUAUUGCACAGCUUCAGGAAAUGAUUGAAAAUACACAAGAUGUGCCACAACCUUUAAUUGAUUUACACAUAAAAUUGAUGCGAAAAACGAGAAAAUCUGUCACUGCUGACAAAUGGGAGAGAGCUUUGGUAAAGUUCUGUCACACCUAUUCUAAUCAGGAUGGUUGGGAAUUGGAGCGUUUUGGAUACAAAAAGUCACGUGUUGCUGUCAAAUUACGAAUUCUAAAGGUUCUUCUCGAGGCGCAAUUCGACUUUAAUCAAAAAUUCAAAAACGAAUUGAAUAAACAAACUGGAAGUGAAUUGAGAUUGGAACCUUUGGGAAGAGACAAAACUGGAUUAUCUUACUGGUGUCAACUCGAUGAGGAAUGUAACAUAAGAGUUUAUCGCGAAGAUUUAGAGGAUGAAAAUUGGGAACUUGUCGCCCAGGAUCGUGAAGGAAUGGUUAAUCUCAUAAGUUCCUUGUCAAAUGGAGAAAUAAUUCCUCUAAAUGAAGACAGCAGUAGUUUGGAAACUCUAGAGAAACCCACAAUUGACACAGGACAGGAAACAGCACCCGAUGAACAAGUAAAUUCCGAACCGGAAAAACUUCCCCAGGUCGAGAAAGUCGAGGAGGAAAUAAAUUUAAAAGAUCAAGAAAAAUUACCAAAAUCGAUUGAAAUUCCAAAAACACUAAAUGAAAUUUCCAUCGAAGUGAAGGAGUCACCAAAAGAAGAAAAAACCGAAACUCCACAAUUAAAAGAAACCACAAAAAUCGAAGAAACAAAACCUUCCGAAAUAGCGAAUUUAAAAGAAGCUGACAAAAUUGAAAAACCAAUUGAAAUUCCAAUUGAAAAUCCAAUUGAAAUUCCAAGUAAAAAGAAAACAGAUGAAAGUCGAAGAAAAUUCGAAAACAGUAAAACCACCGAAGAAGUGAAAUCAAUAGAAACUCCUGUAAUAACAACAUCACCAUUGAAAUUAAACAUCGAGGUGAAAAAAUUGGACCAAAAAUUAACGAAACAAGUAGAGGAGACACCAGAUUCGUUAAUGAAAACUCUGGAGAAACUUUCUGGUAAAAUUAGUAGCAGUAGUAGUAGUAGCAACGUUCUCGAGACAUCAUCGAUUCUUCACAAUAAACAUUCGAUCAAGCCAAUCGAUAAAUUAGCCGCCAAUCUCGUUAGGAUACAAUCCGAGAAACUUGAGAAGCCAAUUAAGUCACUUGAGAAGAUAGCCGAGAAUUUGGCAAAAACAAAUCAUCAGGCAAUAUUGAAUAACGAUGAUUUCCCCCAAGAUUUACGCGGUACUGAGAAAACAUUAAAAAAUCGUCGAGGAAUUGAUCUUUCAACGUCGCCGCGCAGUUGGGAGAGUGCUAACGAUCACAAUAGACCAGUAGAUUUCUCAGGUAUUGAUCUCUCUAGUAAGAAAACAAACAAAAAUGUUCAUAAUUAUACGGACAAUAUUCAGCACAAGGAAAUGGAUUUGAGCACAAAAAAGACGAACAAACAGGACGCUCCAUUAGCGUACGAUGCUAGGGCCGUUAUGAUGAGGAAUCAUGCAAUGGUCGCCGAUCUCAGUAAACGACAAAUGUCCUUCACUAAUUAUGAUUUACCGUCUUAUCAUCAAUCGGGACGAACGCCCACCAAGGACGAGCAUCGUUUACCAAGUUACAGCAUUGUUCCCGAUCCGAGUAAACUCGCUGCCCUUCGCAUGGGCGUUGGACCAUUGAAACGAAAUCUCGAGCAGGAAAUGGUGCAAAGUGAAAUUGUCAAGAGACACAGGCCCGACGUGAUUCCAAUUCGACCCACUGACAAGCGACCAGUCUUCAAUCCCGAGUGGCGAGACGGUGUUGGCGAGGCCAUCGAGGAACCUCUAAUGAUGGUCCAGGGCGAAGGCUCGGGCAGCGAUUGCGACGCUCCAAAUCCAGUCGGAUUCCUCGUCGGCGAGGAAAUUGUCGAGGAUGUCCUCUUUUUCUACGGCGAAGGUUCCGGUGCCGAUUGUGAUACCGGCAAUCCCGGCGAUGACACUUCCAGCGACAGUCAAGAGAAGGACACGAAAAUCGACGAAACCACCACAAACACUCUUCCGCCGAAUAACAUUAUUUCGAAUUCGAAAAUUUCCCGAAAUUGCUCCCAGCCAGAGGAGGAGAAUUUCCAACCGAAAUUCAAACCCACUCUUGGAAUUCAAGUAAUUGCAAAAUCUUCCACAUCCCCAUUGAAGAGGAUAUCGAGGUGGGACGUCGGCGGACCGGAGAAGAAGGACGACGACGAUAACAUAUCAAAGGAUUGCGACGAAGCGGAGAAUCGACUAUCACCACCGAGAUUCUUUUUCGGACCCAAUUGCGUCUCCUUUGGACAAAGAGACGAAGUUGAUCGUGUCAUGGAAAAUGACACAACCGAGAAUUUUCAGGUCUCAAAGGACAAUAAUAAUCUCAAACCUCUUGCGAGUAAUGAAUCCCAAGACAGUGAAAUUUUACCGUCUAUCGAAAAUUCCGAUCCGAAAAGUGAAUUUUCAAAAAUUGUAAUUGAAAAAUCAAGUACUUCGCAACUAGGGGAGAACGAAACGGAAGAAUCCGAGAAUUCGAAAAUUGAAGUCGACAAAUCUGAGACUUUGAGUGAGAAAUCAAAUUUAGAAGAAAGAAGUGAAAUAAUAAUUGAAGAAAAUAAUGAAACAGCUGAAAAUGCGGAACAUAAUCAAAAGAGUGAGAAGAUGGAAUCAAAAAACAGGGAAAUUGAUAAUCAAAGUGAAUCGAUUUGCGAGAAUCAAGUCGAAAGUACGCAAAUAGAGAAAGAGGAGAAGAAAAUUCCGGAUUGUCUAGAUUUUAACAGUGAAGUUACUCGACAAGAGAGCAAGGAACCUUCCGAGGAUAAUUUCGAGCAAGAAUUGAGAAAAGUCGAGGAGGAAAUUAAAAAUUUGGAACCAACGGACGAAGGAGUUUCGCCAAGUGCUUCGAAAAUGGAAGAAGACGAUUUUUCUGAGGAACAAGCGGAAAAUUGCCCGGAAGAUACAACUCCAGAUGAAAAUUGUUCAAUUCCCAAUGAGAAGAAUUUGGUAACGGAGGAAAAAUCGGCGACAGUUUGUGAAAAAACAAAUUCAGAUUUGGAAGCCAACGCUGGAGAUUCGAUUGCAGAGGCAGUUUCGAAAAUUGAAGAUCCAGUUUCGGAAGCAAUGGAAGAAGAUUUACUUUUGGAGGAAAAAAUUGAAGAUUCGCUUUUGGAGGAGAAAAACGAUGAGGAUUCGACUCCAGAAGGAGGAAACGCUGAAGAUUCGAUUUUAGAAGCAAAAAGCGUCGAGGAUUUGAUUCUAGAAGAAGAAAACGCUGAAGAUUCGAUUUUGGGAGCAAAAGGUGUCGAAGAUUCGAUUUUAGAGGCAAAAAGCGUCGAGGAUUCGAUUUUGGAAGAAGAAACCGUUGAAGAUUCGAGUUUAGAAGCGAAAAACACCGAGACUUCGAUUAUGGAAGAGAAAAAUACUGUAGAUUCGAUUUUAGAUGAGAAAAAUACCGAGAAUUCGAUGCUGGAAGAAAAAAACACUGAAGAUUCGAUUCUAGAAGAAGAAAACACUGGAGAUUCGAUUUUUGAAGGAAAUAACCCCGAAGAUUCGAUUCUAGAGGCGAAAAAUUCCGAGGAUUUAAUUCUAGAAGAGAAAGAUACAGAGGAUUCGAUUCUAGAAGAGAAAAACAUCGAGGAUUCGAUUCUAGAAGAAAAUAAUACCGAAGAUUCGAUUCUAGAAGACAAAAAUACCGAGGAUUUGAUUCUAGAAACGAAGAACACCGAGGAUACGAUUCUAGAAGCGAAAAGUGUCGAUGAUUCGAUUUUAGAAGCCGAAAGCAUUAAAGAUUCGAAUGUAGAAGAGAAAAACACCGACGAUUUAAUUCUAGAAGAGAAAAGCAUCGAAGAUUCGAUUUCAGAAGGAAAAAUUGCCGAAGAUUCAAUUCUAGAAGCGAAAAAUUCCGAGGAUUCAAUUCUAGAAGUGAAAAACACCGAGGAUUCGAUUCUAGAAGCGAAAAAUUCCGAGGAUUCAAUUCUGGAAGAGAAAGACACCGAGGAUUCGAUUCUAGAAGAGAAAAACAUCGAAGAUUCGAUUCUAGAGGGAAAAUACGACGAGGAUUCGAUUCUAGAAGAGAAAAACACCGAAUUUCCGAAUCCAGAAACAGCAGUUACCGAGGAUUUACUUUUAGAAGCAGAAGAAGAAGAAGAAGAAAAUUCUGUUUUGGAAGAUAAAAUGGAAGAGUCACUUUUGGAAGAAAAAUCCACAGAAGAUUUAUCACCAAACAAGGAAAAUCUCACGAACUUCGAGGACAAUAGCAAUAAAAAUUUCGACGAAGAACUUCCAAACGAAAAAUCGGAAAUUUCUCCCGAAAGUGUUGAAGAUUUUGGGGAAACUUGUCAAAAUUUGGGCAAAGGGCCAAGUGAAAAUGAAGAUGACUCAAAUUUAUUUGAUUCUCCAGUCGAAAAACCUUCAAUGGAAAGUGAAAAAUCAAAAAGUGUGGAUGUUCCUAAAGCAAGAACGGAAUUACCUUUUACUUCUCAAGACACGAUAGAAGUAAAUUGCCUGGAGGAAAAUUUUGACGCCGAAAUUCUUGAAUCCAAAGCAGAGAAGGAAGUAAUUUCAAUGGUUUCUGAAGAGAAAGUUUCCAGUCCCAUCGAAACGAGAGAAGAAGAAGAAGAUGAGUGUGAAACAAAAUCAAUUUCUCAAGCAGAAACAUUGAAUAUUUCUGAAACGGAACAAAAUUCAAAUUUGGUAGCAAAAAUCGAAACAAAUUUCACAACCAGUUCGAAUAUUCCAGAGGAGUUGAGUUCGAAGGAGGAAUCAAGUGUUUUAGAGACUGGUGAAAUUUCACAAAAUCCAGAAGAAGAAUCACAAAUUGAAAUGGCAGAAGUUUCGAAUCAAUCCGAAGAAUCGAAUCAAUCAGAGAAAUUAAAUCCUACCGAAGAGAAAGUGGAGCCGAAUAUUCCAGGAGAGAAAAUUUUAAAUCUUCCUGAAGAAUCGAAUCAAGAAAAAUUGAAUUCCCCAGAAGAAAAAGAAGAAGAGGAAUCGAGUGUUCCAGAAAGUGAGAAAAUUCAAAAUAUUUCCAAAACGAAUCAAGAAGAAAUGCUAAUUUCUCCCGAAGAGGAAGCGAUUAUUUCCAAAAGCGAAAAAGAAACAAUGGAAGAAGAGAAAUUUGAUUCUCCCGAAGAAAAGGAAGAAAAAAUUGUUUCCAAAAUCGAAGAUCUAAAUUCUUCAGAAGCGAAUCAGGAGGAGGAAUUUGAUUCUCCUGAAGAAAAGGAAGAAACGAUUGUUUCCAAAUUAGAAGAUUUAAAUCCUUCAGAAAAAAUGGAAGAAGCGAAUCAAGAAGAGAAAAUUGAUUCUCCUGAAGAAACGAAAGAAGCAAUUAUUUCAGAAAGUGAGAAACCAGAAACAACUUCUCUCGAAAUGAUAGAAGAAUCAAAAGAGGCUUCGAACAUUCCCGACACAAUUUCUGAAAAUCUUCCUGACUUCCAAAAUCCUAUCCAACAAUUAGAAACAACAAACGAAUCGAGUCAAGAACCCCAAGUUUCUCAAGAAUCAAUUCUUCCGAUUGAAUCCAUCGAAUCGAAACUCCCACAAGCAACAACCGAAUCGUUGGACAAUAAUUUAGACAACGCUCAAGAAAUGAAUCCACCUUCAAAUAGUGAACAAGAAAUGGGAGAAAAAUUGCCAAUGGAAACAAUUCAAGAAUCAAAAUCUCUUGUUGGCGAUUACGGGAGUGAUGAAAGUUGCAUUGACAAUGAUAAUAACGAAACUUCUAAUCAUCCCCUUCAAAUGAAUGACAACGCAAGUGAUAACGACCAAGAUAAUCUCAAAGUCGAUAAAGAAUUGUGUAAUGAUGUCAACAUUCUGUCAAACAUUGCGAAAAUUAAUACCAAAGAUGUAAUUAAUCUAUCGGAAUCGAAUAGUAGUAAGGAAUUUGAUAACGGCAAUGAUAAUGCAAACAAGACUGAAGACAUACAAUCAGCAACGAAUUUUGAAUCUCCAACGAAAAUUGAUGUCGGUGAAGUUGAAUCGUCGAUUGAAAUUGAGGAAAUUGAGAAAUCAACGGCCGAAAUUGAGGAUAAGAACGAAGUCGAAGUAUUAGCUGAAAUUGAGGACAAGAAAGAAGUCGAAGUACCAACCGAAAUUGAGGACAGAAAAGAAGUCGAAGCACCGAGUGAAAUUGAAGAAAAAAUGGAAUUCGAAUCACCGAGUGAAAUUGAUGACAAAGAAGUUCCAUCAGCGAGUGAAAUUGAUGACAAAAAGGAAGUUUCCUCAUCUAUUGAAAUUGAUGACAAAGAAGUUCCAUCAGCGAGUGAAAUUGAAGACGAAAUUGAGGAUAAGAACGAAGUCGAAGUAUUAGCUGAAAUUGAGGACAAGAAAGAAGUCGAAGUACCAACCGAAAUUGAGGACAGAAAAGAAGUCGAAGCACCGAGUGAAAUUGAAGAAAAAAUGGAAUUCGAAUCACCGAGUGAAAUUGAUGACAAAGAAGUUCCAUCAGCGAGUGAAAUUGAUGACAAAAAGGAAGUUUCCUCAUCUAUUGAAAUUGAUGACAAAGAAGUUCCAUCAGCGAGUGAAAUUGAAGACAAAAAGGAAGUUUCCUCAUCGAUUGAAAUUGAUGACCAAGAAGUUCCAUCAGCGAGUGAAAUUGAAGACAAAAAGGAAGUUUCCUCAUCGAUCGAAAUUGAUGAUAAAAAAGAAAUUUCCUCAUCGAUUGAAAUUGAUGACAAAGAAGUUUCCUCAUCGAUCGAAACUGAAGACAAAAAGGAAGUUUCCUCUUCGGUAGAAAUUGAUGACAAACAAGAAGUUUCCUCAUCGAUCGAAAUUGAUGACAAAGAAGUUCCCUCGUCGACCGAAGUUGAGGACAAGAAGGAAGUCGAAGUACCAACUGAAAUUGAAGACAAAAAGGAAGUUCCAUCACCAACUGAAAUUGAAGACAAAAAAGAAGUUCCAACGCCAAUUGAAAUUGAGAAAAAAGAAGUUGAACCACCGACCGAAAUUGAGGACAAAAAAGAAUUCAAAUCUCCACUUGAGGACAAAAGAGAAAUUGAAUCAACCGUCGAAAUUAAAAAUCCGAAAAUUGUUGAUUCCCCAACGGAAUUAGAAACGAAAAAACAACUUAAUAUCGCCAAUGAAAAUAUUUUAUCUAAUGAACCAAAAGCUACAAAUUUCAUCGAAGAUCCUGAAAUAUUGAAGAAGGAUAUUCAAGAAUUUGCAAAAGAAAAACCAAUUUCCACGGGAAUUUUAACGAAUUUCAACGUAGAGGACGAAGAAACUUUAAUGGAGACGAAAAAAACAGUGGAAAUUUGCAAUCGAGUUCAGCAUAUUGUUACGGACAGUAUGGAUAUGGUUGACGAUUCCGAAGAUCAAGAGGCAUUUAUCGAAUCCGGAAAAGUUGACGAUCUCUGCAAUCAAAUCGACAGUACUCUCAAUGAAAAAAGUGAUUCCGAUAAUAACGAAGAAUUCCAAUUCGCCAGAAAGUCGGAAACUUUCUCAAUAAUCGCCAAUACCGACACAAAUUUAAAACAAUUUCCAAUUGCCAGUACGGAAAAUAUUAAAAAUCUCGAUAAAAUUUCCGAAAAUGAAAAUUCCAAGAAGAAAAUUGAUGAAAAAGUGAAAGGAGACACGGAAAAUAAUGAAGUUCCUGAACUAGAAAUUAUUAAGCCCACCGAGACUGAAAUUCCAAAAAAUAGGGAAUGUUUCGAUUCAGUGCCUGUUAAUAUAGAUAUUGAAAAAGAAGAGAGUGUGAAAACUGAUGAAUUAGUUAUUAAUAAACUAAAUCAGAAAUCACCAAGUAGAAAAUCGUUUACAUUACACAGUGACGAGAGUGAUCCACUUGACGAUCCAUCGCUAAUUAUUCAGCCUUCGAAAAGAAGAAAAGAAGACUGCGAUGAUAAAUCAUACGAGGAAAGGACUUUAACCCAAGAAACAAUAAAAAUUCCAAAAGAAGUGCCUAUUAUGAAUCUUAAAAAUAAUUCCCCUUACGAGAGAGCAAAACUUGAUGAAAAUACUAUUAUAUUUACAGAACAAGAGACACAAGAACUGGAAAAUUAUAUCAGUGAAAAGAGCAGAAUUGAUAAUCUAAUUGAUAAUCCUGGAGCUUGUAGCGAAACUAAAAAUGUUCCCGAAAUCAAAGAAUUUAAGAAAGAUGCCAAACGAUCGGGUGUUAAUUUCGAUAGCGAAGAGUGUCCACCUGCUAAAGUAAAACCUCCUGGCGAUCAAAGUCAGAAAUUACCGACGAAUACUACUUCUGAACUUGAGAUCAAUGAAUCUUCUGAGACGGAAAAUAAGGAUCGGAUUUCUGAAAGAUCGGAUAGUCCGGAUUCGGGCGGUAGAUAUGAAGACGUGGCGAUUAUCGAAAGUUCGGACGAAGAAGAUGUGGCGAUAAUCGAGAAUUCGGAGAAGAAAGAAGAAGAAGAAAUUCUUGACGCCCCGGAGAAAAAUGUUGUCACGAUCGUUGAUUCUUCGAAGGAAAGCGAACAAAUCGAAGGCAAUAACGAACAAGGAAACAGUGAAACGAAGAAUCUAAAUGAAAGUGUCAGUGAAGCAAUUGCCGAGAAGAAUGAAAAUGUUCCGAUCGAGGCGAAUUCGGAGGAAAAAAUCGCUUCCGCUCCAGAGUCGACUUCCGCUGAAAAAGUGUCUGGUAAAAAAGAAGAGAAAGUGGAGAAGAAAGGAAAGAAGAACACCAGAAGUUCCAAAGUUCAAGAAGAGGUGAAAAUAUCCGAAGAGUCGACGAAAGAGAAGAAAGUUGUCGAAGAGUCAAAAGUGGUGGAAAACGUCCGAGUCACCAGGAGUUUACGCGUACGACAAGAUCUCGGUAUCGUGAAAUCUCCGAUAAUUGAGGUGAAACCUCCGAUAAUUGAGGAAAAACCGCAAGUCAUUGAAACAAAACCCCAACCGGCUGAGUCGAUAGUAAUUGAUUCAGACGACUCGAUGCCACUCGAUUCGGACACAACUUUCAAUCCCCCAGAGGAGACGGAUCCCCUGGCCGAUGACGAGUCAUCGAAAACAGUGCCCGAGGAACCACCGCCACCACCGGUUCAUAGAAUGAGUAUUCGUGUCAAGUCCUUCACGGAACUCACCGGUCGAAAGCCGGAGAGUCCCGAGUUGCCGAAACCAACCCGCAAGCGCCGAAAGGCAGAGAUUGAAAUCACUCCCGAAAGUAUAAAAAUCGUCGAGGAGGAUCAAGGUGGCAAGAGAAUGAGACUUCGGGGCCGGAGGGUCGAUCUUCAGUUGAGAAAAUCGGUCGAGGAGAGUCGAGUAAUUGCGAUCAGUUCCGAAGACGAGGCGGGAAAGACUAUAACUCCCGUUGCGAUACCUGCGGAGGAGAACAAAAAUGAUGAUGAUGAUGAUGUCGUCAUCGAGAAUGAAAUCGCGUCCAAGAAACCACGAGGCAGACCUAGGGGACGUAAACGAAGAGGCGGCUUCCGAGGACCGAAGAAACAAAAACCAGGAGGAGGAGGAGGAGGACAGUCGACAGAAACACCUGAACCGGAGUCAGAGGACCAAGAACCGGAGAUUAUCGAAGACACCCAUUCGCAGGAGCCAAAAUCCGAAGUUGAGAAAAGCGAAGUCGAAGAGGUUCAAGAACCAGAAGCACAAGAACCAGAAUCCCAAGAAGCAGAAUCACAAGAACCGGAAUCACAAGAACCGGAAGCACAAGAACCAGAAGAUCAAUCGAUCGAUCCACCGGAUGCGGCGUCUUUGGAUGACACGCCCGACUCGAAAAAGAAGCGAAAGAAACGAAAAAUGGUUCUAGGUUUAAUGGUCGGACGAGACAUGCCCGAAUCGCAGUCGAAUUCAGAAAUGCCAGUGAGGGCCUCGAGGAGAAUUGCGCAAUUGAAGAUAAAAGAAGAGGCGGACAAGAGGCGAAUCGAAGAAGAGGUUAAGGGUCGAAAACCAGAGGACUCGCCCGACAAAAAGAAGAGAAAGAAGUACAAGCCGGAGAGUGAGGAGGAAAUCGUCGUUGUAAAGGAAGUGGAAAAAGAGGUAAAGUCAAAGAAGAAGAAGAAAAAGAAGAGGAAACGAAAGGAGAAGAAGUUCAAUGAAUCAAAGCCCUGGGAGAGUUCGACAGAUUCGAGUAGCGAUGAGGAGAACGAAGUCGAAGAGGAGGAAGAAAUCGAAAGUGACGUCUCUCUGGAAUUGAAGAGCGAUCAUGAAUUCUCGCCUGAAAGUGAUUUGGAGAAGGAUGAAGAGGCGGAGCCAAUGAGACGAGCGAGAACGGCGAAAAAAUCGCAAAGUGACGUGGAGGAAGUUGAUGACGAGUACGCUUGUCAAAAGUGUGAGAAGGCCGAUCAUCCGGAAUGGAUUUUACUCUGUGAUAGUUGUGAUAAGGGUUGGCAUUGCUCCUGCCUCCGACCGGCUCUGAUGAUUAUUCCCGAGGGCGAUUGGUUCUGUCCACCGUGUCAGCACACUUCCCUGGUGCUGAAACUCCAACAGAAACUCAGAGACUUCGAUAAUCAAUCGAAGAAACUCGAGAGUGAAUUACUCAGGAAAAAGCGAUUGGCCUACGUUGGAAUUAGUCUUGAGAAUGUCAUCAAAAAAGACGGUGAGAAAGAGGGAGGUUCGAGUCAAUCCGACGAGACGUCGUCGUCGUCAUCGAGUUCGGAGUCGAGUUCCGAUAAUUCGAGUAGUGACGAAAGUGAACCUGUCUAUCAACUCAGGGAGCGUCGAUGUGCUAAUACGUAUAAAUUUAAUGAAUAUGACGAUAUGAUCAAUGCGGCGAUUCAGGAGGAGGUUGAGGCUGUGCAAGGUGCUGGUAAUCAGGGAAGAGGAAAGGAUAUUACGACGAUUGUGAAUGCGGAGAAGGAGGAAGCGGAAGCGGAGGCUCUGAAGAAGCAAAUGGAGGAGGAGGAUGACAAUGAGGAUAAGUCGGAGAAGGAGAGCGAUGAGGAGUACAAGGAAGACAAGGACGACGAUGAAGAGGAGGAGGAGGACGAUGAUGAGGAGGAGAAAAAGAGAAUUGUUGUCAGAAAACAAUUGGCUAGGAAAAAGCAUCGAAAACUGAAUAGUCUGGACGUGAGCAGUGAGGAGGAUGAUCGUAUCAGUGAUGAGGACUUCAAGGGUUCGAGUUCCGAUGAUGAAGAAGAUUUCGACGAUCGGAAUAGUUCCACUGAUGAGUCCUUCUCCUCUACUAGACGAAGAGGAAGGAAAGGCAACAAGAGACCUGUGAGAAGAUCCACCAGGGCUAGAACCACUCGCUACGAUGAAGAAUUCAUUAAUGACGACAGUGAUGAAAGCGAUCGUCCAAAGAGAAAAAAGAAUCGCGGCUGGGGCAAAGAAUCAGAAAGCGAGGAAAGUGACAGUUCAUGGAGACAAAGAAAAAAGCGAAGUAAGACGAUACCAUCGAAACCACGCUGGAUAAUGAAAACAAAAUCGAAAAAGAAAAAGAAGAGAAGACGCAUUAUCGAGCAUUCCGACAAUCAAAGCGAUAAUGAAGAGGAAGAGCAAAUUAGAGCAGUUAGCGAGAGUGUAGAAAAUAAAGAAAACGAACAAGAAACAGAAGAAGUACAUCCCGCUCCUGAAGUAAAUCAACAAGAAAAUCAAUUGCAAACCGAAGAAACUCCAUCGGUUAGUAAUACACCACCAUCGGAGAAUUCACCAGAAAUUGAUGAAACAGCGAAAAUUGUGGAUAAUCCCGAGACAAUGGAUACCACCGAACCAUUGGAUAAUGUUCCGGUUGAGGAGGAUAAUGAUGAUGAGGAGGAUGAAGAGGACGAGGAGGAUAAUGAGGACGAGGAGGAAGAAGAGGAAGAUGAGGAAGAAGAAGAGGAAAAUGAAGAUGAAGAGGAACAGCAACCUGAACCUGAACCUGAAGCCGAACCUGAACCUCAACAACCGGAACCAGAAGCUGAACCACAAAUUGAACCACAACCGAAUGUGGAAGCUACAAUUUCUGCUCAACCACAGGAAGUUAUUCCUCCACAGAGUGAAAUUUCGAAUCAGGAAGAAGAAGAGGGGGAAGAGGAAGAGGAGGAGGAUGAAGAAGAGGAAGAAGAGGAAGAGGAGGAGGAAGAUGAGAAAAUUGACGAACUCGUUAAAAUUCCCAUUCAUCCUCUAUUGGAGGAGUAUUCCAAAAAGCGAAGGAGGGAAAUUCUCAUGCCAAAGGAGAAGAAAAUUCGGCGAAAGAUCAUUUAUGGUGGUCUACCUGAUGAACGAGCAGAGCGUGAGGAAGAAAUCCUUGGAAGACGAACGCGAGGAAGGAAAAUUAAUUAUCAAGAGGCGAUGGCGUCCGACAGUGAGGAGUAUUCCCUGUUCUCACAGGAACUGAAGAAAGCUUUGAGGAAAACAGAAGAGAGCGAAGAUGAAUUCGUUGUCAAUGACAAUGAGGAAGUUAAUGAAGAUGCUGAAAACGAUUCAGGUGAUACGUACUCGCCGAAGAAAGAUGGAACGAAAAUAAAAUUGAAAUCGCCAAAAAUCAAGAAGCCAAGGAAGAGUAAAAGUCCAACGAGAAAAUUGCUGGAUGACGAUGGUACAAUGAGACAGAGGAAAAAGCCGGGACCAAAGCCAGGCAGUAAAAAUAAGCCAAGAAUGUCAAAAUUAUCAAUGCAUCCAUUAAUGGACGAUGAGGAGAUGCUGAAGGGCGUGGAUGUUGAGGCAAUGGCAAAUCCAAUGGUAAUGGAUAAGGUUGACAAUGUCUCGAUGCAUGAUCCAAAUAUUUCCGGCAGCGGUCUAGUGUCAAGUGAAGUUGGCGAGGGAUCUCUCGCUGGACUUGGUCCUGGUGAAUUGGCCGACAUUGACGACGAGCAAUUCACUCAAAUGAUGAUGGAGGACGAGGAGUAUGGUAAACGACAAUUGGAAUUGGCAGCAAUUGAAAUUGCCAAACGUAAGAAGGAGGAACGUGAGGCGAAAAAAAUGGAGAAGGCUCGACUGAAGGCACUGGAGAUUUUGGCCGCUGAACGAGAACGUGAAAACGCUCCCGAGGGCAUGGAUGGCGAAGUGCCGAAGAAGAAGAAGAGAGGACGACGCAGCAAGGCUGAAAUACUCGCCGAACAAAUGAGAAGGGACGGAACGACAGACAUUAACGCCCUUUCGGCGAUGCCUCUGCCAUUGUCCGGACAACAAAUGACGCCGGGGUUAUCUUCCAAUAUGACGUCGCCAAAUAUGACGUCACCAAAUCUGUCGUCACCAAAUUUGAUGACUCCCAAUUUAGCAGCUCCGAAUAUGUCCGUCAUGCCUGGAAUGAUGACGCCGGAUGUUGUUGAGGCCCACAUGACCAUGAUGCCCGGAGAUGGACAACUUUUCAGUCCAGAGGGCUCGCCCAUGAAGCCGAAACGACGCGGUCGGGGUAAAGGUAAGAAAACACUAGCUUUAGAGGCUGCACGAGCUGCUGAGGCUGUCGGCAAAAAUCCUAUGGACACUAGUAUGAUGGGCAUGGGCACCGAUUCGAAUCCAUCGUCAAAGUAUGACGAGAUGCCAAAUAUUCUUCCCACUCCUGGUAGCAGUACUUCCGGUUCAGCGCCGUCAACACCUCCAGCUCCAAAUAUUCAAGGAUCCCCGUCAACCCAGGCUUCCAAUUCUUCACAGGGUUAUCCACAGCCCGGUCAGCAGUCUUCCGUGAUAACGCGAAUGCUCCAGUCGCAACCGGUUCCAGGCAGUCCGCAAUCAUUCACCGCGGCCGCAACGGCAAUGGGUCACAAGUACUUUGGCGGUCCCGGUGGACAAUUAAUUGGCGGUCCCCGACCAAAUUACGACAUGCAACCACGAGGUAGAAUUCCAUCACCAUAUCGACAACCGCCACCAGCGAUGCCUCCCCAUUUCGCCGCGGUUCGCUCAGGAGCGCCUCCAAUGCGACUCCGAGGUCCCGGUCCCCAGAUGUACCACUCGUCACACCAUCCAAUGGAUCCCUCACCAUCGGGCGGCGGUCCAAUAUCAAUAAACAAUCGCGACCGCAGUUCGCCACUUGGCCACGUGCCGGGAAUGAUUCCGCCCACCUCCGGCAGUCCCCUGGCUAAAGGCGAUCCAACCCCACCCCCACCGCCUUACGUUCGUGGACCGCCAAUGUCGAGGUUCCCCGAGAACACUCUCGGCGUUCGCCACCAACUGCCACCAUUCGCUGGCGCAUCGCCCGGAAGUCAUUCGCUCCAACAACCAUCGCCACCGCCCAGUCGACCACCUGGCAACUUCUCCCCCUAUCAUCCACCCCCGCCGCCCAACUAUCAUUACGGUGCCUACCCACCCCCGCCGCCAAUGACCACCGCCGACGACGCCGCCGCCUAUCAAGGCUCCCCAUAUCCCGCCGAACAUUUCUCAACCUCCUCCGACAAUCAACCACCAAUCCAACCACCAACGGCUCCUCAGCCCCAGCAACAACAACAACAACCACCACCACAACAGCAACAACAACAAACACAACCACCUCAUCCCCAACAACACCCAAACGACGAGGAGGGCUCCGGUGAAUUUGGCGGUCUCGUCUCAUACUUCAGCAGUCAACGUGAGGACGAUCUUGAAUCGUAGCAAGAGUGAAAUCUUGGCCAACUUUAAUUCCCCUUUUAAGAAAAAAAAAGGGAAUUUUUCUUCUUUUUCCAAUCUUUGUAUACCAAUUCUUUCUACUUUCAUAUUGAAGAAUUUCUCAUUAUGUGUGAUGAGAAAAAAGAAAACUGAGAGUCGAAAGUGUGACGUGUAGUUUGUCCCCCCAACCCCUCAGUGUUGUCAAAAUGACGCUUUUAUAAACGAAGACUACUAGUUUUUGUGUGCAUGUAUGAAUGUGUGCUAGUAAAGAUAAAAAUGUUAAAAUGACGCGAAAGAAUUUUUUUUUAAAACAAUUUAUUGUCAAAUCCGAUAAUUUGGACUUUAUUAUAUUAUUAGGACAAUUGUGACGACGCCUUCUCUCUGACUCCAGUCUCAAAAUUUAAUUAAUUCUUUUCCCUUGUUGGUCAAGUUUAAUUAAUUAAUUAAUUGGUUUCGCUGCCAAUAAUAAUAAGCUAGUUUCAAUCAAUUAUUUGAUUAUUUAUCCAAAUUGUUAUUCAUCAAUUUUUGACAAAGAAAAUUUUUUUUCUUUUCGUUUUUUAUUUUUUUGGUAUUUUUUAAUUGUUUAUCAAGAUAUUAAUUACUUGACAAUGAAUUAAUUAUCGAAACAUUAAUUACUCGUGAAUUAUUUAUCAAAAUAUUAACUACUCAUGAAUUAAUUAUCAAAAUAUUAAUUACUCGUGAAUUAUUUGUCAAAAAUAUUAAUUACUCAUGAAUUAUUGAUC